UCCAUACACAGAAGAUGCUAAGUAUAGCCCUGCAAAGCUUUCUCUUAAUUCCGUUAUUGUUCUUUGGAUCUCUUGGUUUGGGUAAUUCAUUGUCACUCUCAACAAGUGCUAGAUGGGUUGUGGACAUGGCUUCUGGUCGUCGCGUGAAGCUAAGCUGUGUGAACUGGGUUGCCCAUAUGCAACCCAUGGUAGCAGAAGGGCUUGACAAGAAGCCAUUACAAGAUAUUGCUUCUAAGGUGGCUUCACUUGGCUUCAAUUGUGUACGCCUCACAUGGGCAACCUACAUGUUCACUCGUACACAACCUGUGAAGUUCACUGUUGCUCAAUCACUCAACUCUUUAGGCCUUGGAGAAGCAGCUAUAGGUAUAGUUAGCAACAACCCCUCUCUGUUCAAUCUCACCUUACUGCAAGCCUAUGAUGCCGUCGUCGACCAGCUUGGCACAAAUGGCCUUAUGGUGGUGCUUGAUAACCAUGUUAGCCGGCCGCAGUGGUGCUGUGGUGACAACGAUGGAAAUGGGUUCUUUGGUGAUACUUAUUUUGACCCAGAGGAAUGGCUACAAGGAUUGGACAUUGUAGCUAAACGGUUUAGUGGUAAAUCUCAGGUAGUUGGGAUGAGCAUUCGUAAUGAGCUACGAGGGCCAAGACAAAGCGAGACAGAUUGGUACCGGUACAUUAGACGUGGAGUGAAAAAGAUUCACAAGGCAAACCCAAAUGUGCUUGUGAUUGUUUCAGGGUUGAAUUAUGAUACAGAGUUGAGCUUCUUGAAGGGAACUCCUUUAGGAGUUAACUUGGAUAACAAAUUGGUCUAUGAGGCACAUUGGUACUCAUUUAGUGAAGGAAACCGUCUAGUCUGGAAGACACAACCACCAGGGCAGGUGUGUGCUGAUGCUAUCAGAAGACUUGAAGACAGAGCAGGCUUUGUGAUGGAGGGAGACAACCCAGUCCCUAUGUUCAUCAGUGAAUUUGGUGUGGACCAAACAGGUGAGAACCCAGCUGAUAAUAGAUUCUUGAGCUGCUUUCUUGCCUUUGCAGUGGAAAGAGAUAUGGAUUGGGCUAUGUGGGCUCUGCAAGGAAGUUAUUACCUGAGGAAUGGGCAAGCUGGGUUUGAGGAAACAUAUGGUGUGUUAGAUGGAAAUUGGGACCAGACCAGGAAUCCAAAAUUUCAAGAAAGGUUUAGGCUCCUGCAAGAGAUUAUCCAAGAUCCGAGAUCUGAUACUCCAACAUAUCACAUUAUUUUCCAUCCACUAAGUGGCCUGUGUGUCCGAGUGAACGAGAAUAACAGUGUUGAAGCAAGUGAUUGUCGAGACCGGAGCCACUGGAGUUACGAGGGAGGCCAAGCUCCAAUCAGAUUGUUGGGUACAGGCCUUUGUUUGGGUGUCACGGGGGAUGGACUUCCAGUGACUCUCUCAUCUACCUGCUCUAGUGAACAGAGCAACUGGAGCAUAGUUUCAAGCUCCAAGCUACAUGUAGCUGCCAAGGAUGUGGAGGGAAGAGCUUUAUGCCUGGAGAUCAAUUCUUCCAACUCUUCAACAAUUUUGACAAGCAAGUGUGUUUGCUCCAUAGAUGAUAACAAUUGUGAUGAGAAUCUUGAAACUAAAUGGUUUAAACUUAUUCCCACAAAUCUAAAACUAAAUUGAUCUUUUGUCCCGCGAGGGUUUCUCCUGUCGCAUAGUCAUGUGAGAAUUGUAAUUGUAGAAUCUAGAAAAG